CCCUUAUCUUCCCCAUAGGUGGUUGCUGUGGAUCGACGAAGAAGCGAACGAUCGUCGGAGGCUGGGCAUGGGCUUGGUGGCUGGUAACCGAUGUCCAACGGCUCUCGCUGGAAGUGAUGACCCUGAAUCCUAUGUGCGAAAUGGUUGAAACUGCCCAAGGUGUCCCAUUAACGGUGACAGGUGUUGCACAGUGUAAAAUCAUGAAGAUGAUGAACGUCUAUUAUUUUCACCAUCAGGCCGACGAGCUGCUCGGUACCGCCAGCGAACAAUUUCUGGGCAAAUCUGUGAAGGAGAUCAAGAUGACAAUCCUGCAAACAUUAGAAGGCCAUCUACGAGCCAUCCUCGGAACUCUUACAGUCGAAGAAGUUUACAAAGAUCGCGACCAGUUCGCCGCACUGGUCCGCGAAGUCGCCGCUCCUGACGUUGGUCGUAUGGGAAUCGAAAUCCUCUCGUUCACUAUCAAGGAUGUCUACGACGAUGUACAAUAUCUACAAUCGUUGGGCAAAGCGCAAACUGCCAGCGUCAAACGGGACGCCGACGCCGGAGUUGCUGAAGCUAACAGGGAUGCGGGAAUACGAGAAGCUGAAUGCGAAAAGAGUGCGAUGGAUGUUAAGUAUUCAACCGACACCAAAAUCGAAGACAAUGCUCGAAUGUACAAGCUGCAAAAGGCCAAUUUCGACCAAGAAAUCAAUACCGCGAAAGCUGAAUCACAACUCGCCUACGAACUGCAAGCGGCCAAAAUUCGUCAGAGAAUUCGUAACGAGGAAAUUCAAAUCGAUAUCGUGGAACGUCGCAAGCAAAUCGAAAUCGAAACCCAGGAGAUCAACCGGAAGGACUGCGAACUGUCCGCCACGGUGAAACUCCCGGCGGAAGCCGAAAGCUACCGCGUCCAAAUGAUUGCCGAGGGAAAGCGUACGCAAACGGUUGAGAAUGCAAAGGCCGAAGCCGAACGAAUCAAGAAGCUUGGGGCUGCAGAAGCUCACGCCAUCGAAAUGAUUGGUAAGGCGGAAGCAGAACGGAUGCGGAUGAAGGCCAAUGUAUACAAACAGUACGGAGACGCCGCCAUUAUGAACAUUGUGCUGGAGUCCUUGCCUAAGAUUGCGGCAGAAGUUGCGGCUCCAUUGGCUAAGACCGAAGAGAUCGUUCUGAUCGGUGGCAACGACAAUACUACGAACGACGUGACACGUCUUGUCGGCCAACUUCCGCCAGCAAUCAACGCCCUGACAGGUGUGGAUCUCUCCAAGGUAUUAGGUAAAAUACCAGGGGCAAAGGCAUAAUAAACACACACCUGUGCUAAACGACCAUUGUGCAGCUAAUUGAUCGUUCUAGAGUAUAUUUCCGAUUAGAUCACGUUUAAUAAAAAAAAAAAAACAAUGCUCGAACAAACCAGCAGACAUCAUCGCAACAUACUGUAAAAUACCGAUCAAACACAAAUAACUGCUAUGAAUAACAAACCAUCAAAGUGCUUGACUUAUUGCUUUAUUCCAGGAAUGUUUACUCCUUUCGGGUACCGUCGUCACUGAAGUGUAAAUUUUCGCAUAUCUGGAACUAAAAUGGAAACAGAUAAAACUAUCAAAAGUGAAAACCAAAUUUCCACAAAGUUAAACAUAGUAUAAACCCUAACCGUACGUUCAAUCAGUUUACAAAAGGGACACAACAAUUUGAGCAUGUUUCUGUUGGCUGUUUUGUUCUGCGCUCAGUUGGUUAAUCUGGACUUAGUUUUCGAUCUUGUGCGAUCCUACAAUGACGUAUCAAUUUCUAAGUAGCACGGGCGGCCAAUCAAGCUCAAGUUCAAGCUCAAGCCAUAAAAGCUGUUCUUAUAAAGAGUCCAACCAGAUGAUCGUUUGAGAUUAUUAGAUGUCAUCACUGUCAAAGUUUUUCUACCGGGCGACCACAGACUCUUGGGGCCACGACGAUCAUUUAAAAAUAACUGACAAGGUCUUCGGAAAGUUCAUGGUAAAAAUUUUAACGGAUACUAUCCAAGGCCCAUAUAGAGUUCUCAAGAACCCUUAUCAAUAUUUAAGGGUGUUCCUCAGCAGAUGGUGUUAGACAAUACCUUUGGAAAAUUCCUGAAAAAUUAUUGCACGUUUCUGCUGCUGAAGAAAUAUUUCAGAUCUCGUGGAAAUAUUUAAAGAAAAAAACUACUGACAAGGAGUCUUUUGACAAAAUACUUAGAAAUAAUGAUGAAUUUCUAGGGAGAUUUAUCUUGGAAACUCCUAAGAGCCUGAUUAAGAGAUUCUUAGUGGAUUUUAGUAUAAUACUUUUCAGAAGUUUUUAGCCGACUUUAGGAAAAAUAUGAGUUUGUAGAAAUUCGAAGGACUUGAAAAAGGUUGGGAAUCACUGGGAUAACAUCUGGUGAUGUUCUAUUUUUUGGAUACAAUGAUGCCUGUUACGUCAGAAUGUAAGAUAGUACGAUGAUGUUGCAUGUAAUCGCAUAUAGUUCAUUACAGGCGAAAUUCUCUCUCCUUCGCUCUUCAACAAAACUUGAAAACAACAGUGACAAAUUUGACAGGUACCGACACAACUGUUUUCAGAUUCACCAUAGGAGAGAAAGAGAGCGAUUUUCUGAUGACAUCAGCGUGCAAUGAGCAAUUGCAGACCAUUGAAUCCACGUAAGAAAAAGUUUAAAUUGUUCGUUCACCAAUCGUACGUGUAGCUUUCCGUUUGAAGAACAUACAGAUUAAUUCAAGGUAUUAUAAAACCUUAUUGUGUCUUCAAUGGGGAAAGAGGGUUCCACCAUUUGAAAAAAAAUUCUUUAGUAUAUUUUGAACGAACCCAAUAAAUAUUUGAUAAUUUGUUUGUAUAACUUGUUUCAUCUGUGAAUUUCUUAGAUGAGUUAUUGCAUUUUGAAAAAAUGAUAUAUUGCAUUGAAUUCAAAUUUAUUACACUGAGUGCAGAAGAAACAGAGAUAAGAAAUUGUUCGAUUUCAUAAUGAAUGCAUAUUUGAUUCACGGUGUCUAUGAAGCAUAACAUUAUUGUAAAAAUACGUAUCGGAGAUAUUUAAUUUUUUAAAUAAGGUUGUUCUACAGAAGAUUACUUGAAUUUACAAGUGGAGAUUUCUUUUAUUUACUGAUUACUACAGAGUCUCAUACCAAUGUUACAUCACGCUACGAAUUUUGAAAUUCUACAUUUUACAUUUCCUCUGUUCUAAAUAGAGGUUGUAUGACAGUUUUACUAUAUUUUCGAAAAAUAUAGUUAACUACAAGGCUAAUAUUGUAAUCGAAAAUACUUUUCAGAUUUCAAAUAACUCUUGCCUUGUAUUUCGUCAGUUUUACGAAAAAAAGGAAAAGAAGUCACUCAAAAGUAGAGUAGAAUUCCAUACUCAUCAGAUCAAUUUGAGAGACAACUAACUUUUUCAAUAGUAAAACUAUUGAUAAACGAUAAUUUUACUAUUGUAAAACAACCAAAAAAUUUAAGCUGAUUAAAAAAAAAACAAUCAAAUUGUUUAAACUGGUUUCGAAAAAUGUUGCUCAUUUACAAAAAUGAUUUUUUCGUGAGGAAAUAGUUGAUCAAAGUCGUGGGAAAGGAAAAGUUAACUAUGUACUACACAGUAUGUACAGUUUAGGGUCAAAGUGUGUGUUUUUUGAUAAAAAUAACGAAAUCUUUAAAUUGAUACGAAAUGCGGUAACAUUUUUUUUGCAUGGUUUUUUUGCACGACAUUAUGAAUACUGUAAAUUGAACAGGGUUAUAGAGAACUUUUAGUUGCCCACGUUCAAAAUUCAAAUUUCAACCUUUAUAGAACAAAUCGGCAAACGAAAAGAUUUAUUAUUCACUAAAUAAAAGAAAUCUUCCUUGUACUAAACUCCAUUACUUCAUAAAUUAGGAGUACGCACGGGGUCCAGUUGUAAUGAAAUAAUUUCGAACAGAAACCAAAAAUGCAUAAAACAUUCUAUAUUUAAAAACGAACAAACAACUGCCAAUAUGGUCAAACAAUGAACGCCAUUUUAUAAACGUUUGAUUUCAAAUAAAAUUGUAACUCACAUUUGCUUCUCAAUCCACUUUCACUAGUAAGUAACUAAUUGUUGUGUUUGUAAAAAAGUCUAUCCUUAUGACGUUUUCUGAAGAAAAAAAGCAAUUGUCAGGAGAUAACACGCAUUAUUUGUGAACCUAUUGAGUAUUGUAUGGUUUGAAACCCUUCAAAAUAGAUAGCAUAGAGAAAAUCGCAUGGGUGAAAUCAGAAACAAUACUAACUACACUUGAAAAUUGUAUGUACUAAAGUGAAAAUCCUAUUGUGUUCGAAGAAUGAAAUAGUAUUCCUUUCUUUCAAAUUACUAUUUUUCUAACUAAGCAUAGUGAACCCAAUUUAUCGAAACACGAAUCAAACCAUCUUUUCUUUGUUUGACCUUUAUUUUUCUCUACUCUUCGUUAAGUCCACUUUAAUUCUAUAAACAUACGACUCAUCUCGAAGCCAACUUUUUCCUCUCUUAUAAGAUACAAACCUGUAGACGAAAAGUUCGUAAGAUAACGAAUCUUCCUAUAUGUGGAUAACUUCCACAAAUGCUGCGCAGUAGCAAACAGUGCAAAGUACGUAGAAAUCAAUAGCAGAAUAGAACACAAAACCAUCGUUCAUCAAAGCGCUGAACUUUUCGAGGCCUGAUGUAGCACAUUUUUCAUCACUAUGUUUAGGUUCAUAAGGGCCCAAGUAAAAUUGGAGCAAAUGUCAGAAAAAGCAGUUUUUUUUUUUUCAAUAAUAAAACAGCUGUGCGUUUUAGAUUAUUUUGGGGAAAACUGAAUUUUUAGUUUUAAUAUUUGGUCUAGUUGUACCUACUUGGACCUUGACACGAUUUUUUCAAAGCACCAACAGACUUCAAAUUAAAUUUCCAGCGCGUUGCCAUCUAUAGAAAAUGUUUAGUAAAAUCUGCUUCAAUACCAGCGGCGUAGGCAAUACCUAUCAAAUAUGUAGCAGCAUCUUCAACUAGUCCAACUUCCGACUACAAAGCAUUCUAGAAUCUAGAAAACCGUACAAAUUUACCGAAUAAAAGUCGUUCUGCAAAUGCAUCUCGAAAUUACAACGUAUCCUAGAGAGCAAAAUCCACACAGUGAGCCGAUUUCACAACCAACCAUGAGGAAAUAACUAAGGGAAGACAAAACCUAGUUGCAGAAACAAAAUGUAUAUUUUUAUACUCCUUAUAUACUUAAAGCUAGGUGAAGAAAAAAAAUCAAUAUACAAAGGAAAGAUAUUGAAAUCAUAUUUUUGAAGUCGUGUAGAAUUAGAUUGUACUCUUACGAAAGCUUAGAACAGCCAGAUCAUGGGAGAAUCAGUGUGAGCAUCUAUGCUGUGCAUGUCAAGUCAACCAAUAAGAAAACUAUUCCAUUGCGUUCCUUACACACAAGAGCUUUCUUUCGAACUAUGAACUUCAAACAAUGAAUCCUAAUUUAACACCUAUUUAACCUAAAAAAACGUAUAUAAGAUGUUACUACUUCACUAACUCUAACUCACAUAUGUUACUAUAACACCAACCUUUUUUGAUAUUAUUAUUAUUUUUUGGAAUCACGGGGUGGUGGGUUCUUAUCUUUAAAUAGCGUAUUCGAAAAAGUUAAUCUUCUACAAUGAUGUAUUCAAACCAAGGAAUAUAAGUCGGUAAUGUUUGUUGAAUUUAACUCGAAAAUCAUGAAAAAACUGCGUUCAAUCACACGAAUAUAGUAAGAAGCUUGACAGUGUUCCCAUCAAUCCCGAAUCAUGUUUUUCGAAAAGUGUGUGUGGAUGUGUAUUUCUGUUCCAAGGUCAAAACGAUUGAAAAAAAAACUGUCUAUAGAAUAAAAUUUAUUUCAGAUAUUAGCUAAAUCAUUUCCGGACGAAUCUUCGAGUUGAACUUGUAAUCGAAGUUGCAGUGUUUAUUUAACAAGAAACCCCCGAAAACAAACUGAGAGUUUAGCAAAGAAAACUUUUAGUGAAUAUAUAUUGAAAAUAUGUAACACGAUCUAAAUAAAUCAACAUGUAAGGAA